AUGUUUCAUCCGUUAUCAACUUCAAAAGCUUUGAAAAUGCUUAAUUCUCCACAGAAGCGAUGCCAAAGCGGAUUUAUCACAUCGUAUGAUAGCAAUUCAUCUCUAAAUCUCAAAAAAUUAAUUCAACGAAAUCAAAUGCAGAGGCAAACUACUAGUCAGCUUAAGAAAAUGUACGACGAACUUUUAAAUAGGUAUAAAUUAGAAUUAGAUCACAAUAAAACCCUUCAGGAUGAAAGAUACGAGAUCAUUGAAAGAAUAAAUAGAAUCAGACAGAAAACAUCAUAUAUUGAACAAAACAUUGCACACUCGGCACACCAAAACUCAUCCUCAUACGAUAGCAACAAUGUUGCAGCGUGA